UAAUUUGUUUAAUUUUAUGAAAUUAAUUUGACAAGCCCCCUUGUUGAACAAGAAAGCAAAAUCGAAGCCAUAAAAAGCCCACAUCACACUCUGAAACCCAUCACACUGCGAAAAUCGAAGCAAACCAAAAACCCAGCGAUAGAGAGAGUCUUUUAGUGAUCUAUUUCAUCGAUUCAAAUCAAAUCAAACCAAACCAAACCAAACCAAACCAACAUGUUUCUCACAAGGACCGAGUAUGACCGUGGAGUCAACACUUUUUCUCCCGAAGGACGUUUGUUUCAGGUUGAAUAUGCAAUUGAAGCCAUUAAGCUUGGAUCAACUGCGAUUGGGUUGAAAACCAAAGAGGGUGUGGUUCUUGCAGUUGAAAAGCGUAUUACUUCGCCUCUACUGGAGCCUAGCAGUGUGGAGAAAAUUAUGGAAAUUGAUGACCACAUUGGCUGUGCAAUGAGUGGAUUGAUUGCUGAUGCUCGUACACUUGUUGAGCAUGCACGAGUUGAAACUCAGAAUCACAGGUUCUCUUAUGGUGAACCGAUGACUGUAGAGUCUACAACUCAAGCUCUUUGUGACCUAGCCUUGCGCUUUGGUGAAGGUGAUGAAGAAUCCAUGUCUCGACCAUUUGGAGUGUCUCUCCUCAUUGCUGGCCAUGACGAGAAUGGACCUAGCCUAUAUUACACUGAUCCUUCUGGCACAUUUUGGCAAUGCAAUGCAAAGGCUAUUGGUUCAGGAUCAGAAGGCGCUGACAGUUCUCUGCAAGAACAAUUCAACAAGGACUUAACUCUUCAAGAAGCUGAGACUAUUGCUUUAUCAAUCCUGAAGCAAGUUAUGGAAGAGAAGGUCACUCCCAACAACGUUGACAUUGCCAGGGUUGCUCCAGCGUAUCAUCUUUAUACCCCGUCUGAGGUGGAAGCUGUGAUAAGUCGCCUAUGAUUUCCAUCUAUUUAAAUGAUUUGAUUUGUGCUGUACGUCUAUUUAACUGGUCUGCUACAUGUAGUGCUGCUUUAUCGCCAAGUUGUAUGCAAUACUAGAUUCUCCUACCAUAUUUUCUGAUAUUCAGUCUAGUUGAAAUUGAGGACUAAAAUAGUAUCACAGCGUUUGGGAAAACAAACACUUUAAUGUCUUGUCGAGCGUCAUUCACAAGAUCCAUGCUAUUAUAUAUUUUUACUGUAUGAAAUGAGAUUCUAGUAUAA